AUAUAAAAGCACUUGCUCAGCGCUGAACGCUUUCAGUAUUUAUUUCACCUCGAGAGUUUGCUGUGCUCUACGCUUUAAACUUUAUUUUGAAAAACUACCAAACAAGAAAAUCAAGCAAUCAUGAGCUCUGCUGAGUACUAUCCAUUCAAGUGCACACCCACCGUUUACCCCGCGGAUCCCUUCGAUCCUGUUGAGGAUGCCACCAUUCUGCGCAAGGCCAUGAAGGGCUUUGGCACCGACGAGAAGGCCAUCAUUGAGAUUCUGGCCCGUCGCGGCAUUGUGCAGCGUCUGGAGAUUGCCGAGGCCUUCAAGACCUCCUUUGGCAAGGAUUUGAUUUCGGACCUGAAGUCUGAGCUUGGUGGCAAGUUUGAGGAUGUCAUUGUUGCGUUGAUGACGCCGCUGCCACAAUUCUAUGCGCAGGAGCUGCAUGAUGCCAUCUCUGGCAUGGGCACUGAUGAGGAGGCCAUCAUUGAGAUCCUCUGCACGCUGUCCAACUAUGGCAUCAAGACCAUUGCUCAGUUCUACGAGCAGAGCUUUGGCAAGGCGCUAGAGUCGGACCUGAAGGGCGACACCAGCGGCCACUUCAAGCGCCUGUGCGUUUCGCUUGUGCAGGGCAAUCGCGAUGAGAACCAGGGCGUCGAUCAGGCUGCGGCCAUUGCCGAUGCACAGGCUCUGCAUGAGGCCGGCGAGGGCAAGUGGGGCACGGACGAGUCUGUGUUCAACUCCAUUCUGAUUACACGCUCGUACCAGCAGCUGCGUCAAAUCUUCCUCGAAUACGAGAAUCUCUCCGGCAACGACAUCGAGAAGGCCAUCAAGCGCGAGUUCAGCGGCUCCGUGGAGAAGGGCUUCCUAGCCAUUGUCAAGUGCUGCAAGUCGAAAAUCGAUUACUUCUCUGAGCGCCUGCACGACUCCAUGGCCGGCAUGGGCACCAAGGACAAGACGCUGAUACGCAUCAUUGUCAGCCGCUCGGAAAUCGAUUUGGGCGACAUCAAGGAAGCAUUCCAGAACAAAUACGGCAAGAGCCUGGAGUCUUGGAUCAAGGGCGAUACAUCUGGCGAUUAUAAGCGUGCCCUAUUGGCUAUUGUUGGAUUCUAAAAAGAGCUUAUGAUUAUAUAUACAUAAAUACUUAUAUUGUCACUGUCUGUUCCAUGCCUUAUCCAUUUUUUAUAUGAUACACAUAAUGUACAAAAUACGUUUAUCGAAUAGAUACAAGUUUUUUAAAUGACCUGCAAACUGAAAACUGGAACAUUCUUUCUUAAAAUAUAUAACAACACAUUGCAUUUAUAACCGUCCAGGUUACUCUGUCGCUUCACAUGUUAUACAUAAAUAUUACGCACAUUCAUCACAAACUUAUUACUGGUUUUAGUUCUAAUUAACGAGUGCAAUUAACUUUGUUAGAAAUAUUGUUAACAGCGCCAAAUGCGCCACAAUAAACAAAACAAUUUGAAUUUCCGUUACUCACGUUUGGCACAAGCUUUUGGCAUUGUCUGACAAGCUUUCGCUUUUAUGUUAUUAACAGACUAACAAUAGUUCAAGCAUAUGUACAUAAAUGUAUACAAAAUAAUGCGUUUACCGCUUUGCUCUCUUUACGC